AUGAGUGACAUUGAGAAAGAUGCACUAGUGGCCCGUCUGCAGAACCAGGUCAAGCGUCUCAAGCAGGAAAUCUUUGCAUUGCGAGCGGAGAAUGUUCAGCUAAAGCAAGAUAUCCGCUCCCUACGAGGAGAAAAAUUGGAUGACGGGUUCCAUCAGACGAGAGCAGAAGAUGAGGACGAGAUGGAAAUGCAUGUAAAGGAGGAUGAGAGCGAGAUAGACUCGGAAGACGACGAGGGAAGUGCGGACGAAUAUACCAAAGAGCACGACACAACAAUCCCUUUGUACACACCCAAGCUUCCUGCAGAGAUUUGGAAUUCAAUCUUUCAGCGAGCAAUCCCCCCCAGCUGGCUCCUAGAUCCUGCCCUCUCUCUCGGGCCGGAUUCCUCUUGGUCGGUGGCUUUGAGAUUGAAGAAGAGCAUCAUCGCAGUCUGCAGAACUUGGAACAGCAUUGGCCUCCCGUUCCUUUAUGCAGAUGUUGACAUUCGUCGCGUCCAUCAGCUAGCAAGUCUUCUCGAGACUAUUCGGAAACGUCCAGGAGAGCUUGGCCGACUGGUCAAGACUUUGAACGUUUCCUGUUACGUUCCUCAAGUGCUCGCCGGCACCUUUACGAGGUACCUCGAGGCCCUUUUCCCUCUUCUCCCUCGGAUAUCGACGUUCGCCUACACGUCUCCCACCGCCCUUCCUGCGGAGGCAAGCAUUCCGACCUUGCCGCGAUCUAUCACACAGUUGAAUUUAAUGGGCAUCACAUCGUGGAACUCGGCAGUUGGCCACUUAAUGGUAGCAGGGGGCACUCUGACCUCUCUGCGCCUGCGCCUCCCUCUUGCCCUCCCAUCUUCCGCUCAAGAGGGAGUAUUAGUGCUUCCAUUCUUAACAUCAAUCUAUCUGGAGGAUGACGAUGGUGCAGGCGACCUUAGAAAACUCACCCGUGUUUUCUGUCUCCCGAAUCUUUCGAGUUGCACGCUAUACUCUACCUGCCGACUUCGCGAGGGGGAGUCCGCAAAAUCUUUUAUUGACUUUCUGGCCCGUCAUGGUGCGAACAUCCGAUUUCUGAACCUGCGUCUUCAAAACAUUCGUUCGAAUCGUCUCCCCGAUACAUUCCUCCCAAGCCUUCAACACCUUUGUCCCCGUCUCGAGCGCCUCAUCAUACCGAUAUCCACGGCUUUAGAAGCCCUCGACAAUCUCAUGCACCGUACCCUCAAGUGGAUCGACAUCAGCCGUCCAUUUACUGAGUCUGUACCAGCCACUUUUAAGGACCUGAUCAUUAUUUCCCUCCGGCGCCACAACCUACCAGCCUUACAAGGUUGUCGACUAUUAUCGAAUUUGCCCUAUGUCACAACCGAAUGGAUCGAAAACCUCCCUCCAGACGUCGUCAAGGACCAACAGGAUGCAUUCACUAUCGACUUCUCCCCAAGCCAACUCCAGCACGGAGUUAAUUAUGUAUACUGGCAACGUCAGGGCUGGAGCCUGGGCUGGGAUCAUCCGGAUGGAUUACUGCCGACUUUUCGUGAUAUCGGUUGGCCCGAGGUGGAGAGCAGGCGAUUGGAGGACUCGUUCGAGUUUGUGCUGAAACGACCCGAGGAGGAAUAUUUGCAACCCGAGUUCAAAGUAUGCUUUCUCGGAAUGGAAUUGGACGAGGAGUCGGAAGAGGGUUCAAGUGAGGACGAGUUGGCUUCGGAUGGAGAAUGCGAGGAAAGCCUAACGAAGGGGGACGACGCUAAAAUGGAUCUCGCUCCAGAGUUGUUGGGAAUGGUGCCUUCAUGA